AUGACACCUCCAGCACCUCUGAUGGAUGCCAGACUUGUUACCGAAUUGCGGCAGUCAAUCCAAGAUUGUACAGAAAGAGGGCUGUCAGUUGCAUCUAAAUGGUCCUCUGAAUUAUAUUACGCCAUCCCUUCAAUCAAACGCGACGCUUUGAUUUCUGAGGCAUUUGCCACUUUUUCAACAUCUACUCCUGCGUGUUCUCGGUCUCCUAGACCAUCAUUAUCCUUUGGAGAUCAAUCGCCUACUUCCAGUGCUGCACUAUGCAUGCCUGUUACUCCUGGAAACCAACCCCACCUUCCGUCACACUUCCCUGACGUCCGUGCCCAAGAAACCGAGUUGGAAUUACAGGAUGAAGCUGCCUUAUUUGCCGCUCGAGCUUUUAUGACAGCAAAAGAAUUUACAAGAGUCGAAUUCACCCUGAAAAAUUGCAAGAGUGCCAAAGCACAAUUUAUUUAUGUGUAUAGUUGUUUCUUGGCUGCAGAACGAAAAGCGCAGCGAAACUGGUACAGACAAAAUAAUACUCGAGGACAACCCCCAGUUCCUAUAAAUCGUCUGCUCACGACUCUUCUGGACAUGGUCAAGAACGCCACAGAUCCUUGGCUUCUUUUCCUGAGAGCUAUUUUCUUAGCACGACUCAACCGUCGAGAGGAAGCCAUUGAAAGUAUCAUACGGUCCAUCAGUGGCUACCACUGGAACUGGUCGGUAUGGACCCUCUUGUGCAGUUGUGUGGGUGAUGGUGACGAGUUGACAGCACUUGUUCCGCUAUUGCCCCUUCCUGCAACCCAUCCCCUCAUUCUCAUGUUUCAAAUCCGCACGAUGAACGAACUUCACGGCCCGUCAGAAAAUGAGUUGGCCAUGUGCGACCGUCUUCUCGGAGAUGACUGUUUUCGUGACAGUGCAUGGGUCAUGAGUCUACGGGCAUGUGCCUUGUAUCAUUUACAUGGUCGGUCCUUUACCUAUGAACCAAUUCUUUGUGUGAUUAUGAUGAAAAAAGACUUUGGACAGGCAGAAAAACAAUUCGAAAAAAUUCUGACGAUUGCUCCGCACCGUAUCGACGAUAUUGAUGUCUACUCCAAUAUACUUUAUGUUACCGACAACCGGCUGAGGCUUUCUAGGCUAGCUCAUGAAUUUCUUGAACUCGACAAAGAUCGACCGGAAGUGUGCUGCUUGGUUGGAAAUCAUUACUCCCUUCGUGCAGAACAUGAGAAAGCGGUCAAAUACUUCAGACGAGCAACUGAACUGGACCGAACUUAUUUGUCUGCGUGGACAUUGAUGGGCCAUGAGUAUGUCGAGAUGAAAAACUCACAUGCUGCUAUCGAAGCAUAUCGUCGAGCAGUUGAUGUGAGUCGGAAGGAUUACAGGGCGUGGUAUGGUCUUGGCCAGGCUUAUGAAUUGCUAAGCAUGCACCGAUAUGCGCUUUAUUACUACCAACAUGCUACUGCUCUCAGGCCAUAUGAUGUCCGUCUGUGGCAGGCUCAAGGUGCUUGUUACGAAGAAAUUGGGAGACUGAAGGAGGCCGUUGAAUGCCUGAAGCGUGCUUUACUUGGUGCUGAUCCCCGUGAGACUACCAUACAUAUGAAACUUGCCAAACUACACGAGGAGCUGGAUGACCAAGCGGAGGCCGCGGCAUAUCACCGACGAGUUGUGGAGAUCUGUCGUAUCGAAGAGCGGCCUGUUCAGGACUAUGCCAAGUCAAGCAUAUUUGUCGCGCGCCAUCACAUGGUGGUUGCAGGAGGGGAUCUAUUACUUGCCAAGGAUUACCUGGAACGUGUUGCAAAUAGCAAUGCUGAGGAAGUUGCUCAAGCGACUGAUUGGCUGAAAAAGCUCAAAUCUGUCCUCAUCACACGGCCAGCCAUCCCGAUUACCGAGGAGACUUCAUCGACGAUUAAUUAG